AUGCAUUCAAAGAUGGAACAAGAACAGAAUAGAAAUUUCAAUACACUGGAUGCUGAAUGGAAGAAAAAUGUCACUCUUUGGAAGGAUAGAGAUUUCAAGACUUACGACAAGGCAAUGCUAGACCAGUUUGGCGAAUGGAAACGGACAGCGAGCGGCGAGACAUCCAACAAGGCGGACGAACAGACGAAAGGUAAACAGCCAACGUGUGAUGACGUGUCGUAUAGGCCAUGCAACCGCUAUUGCCACGAGAUGGUAGCCCUGUCUAAAAAUGAAAGGGCGACGUUGGAUGACGCAACACGGAUUAAAAAAAAUUGGGACGCAUGUUACGCCGAAAACUGGAAAAAGCAAUGGGAGAAAAACGUGACGGUUACAGGUGAACAGUCGAUCUAUAAACCAAUGCGGCAACUAAAAAACAAGAUCCUAGAGCUGAAAAUCGAGUGGAAGAAUAAAGGAAUAGAUAUUAAUAGUGGUCACAAAGAAUCGCAAGACAUGUUAGCCAAUCUCAAUGCUAAUGAGGAAUUUCUAAAAUUAUUCGACAACUGGUUUUUAAUCAACUGGCCAUUCUAUCGAGUACAGAUGACUCAGCAAGGGCUUCACACCGGAAACGGCACAUUGAUUCAAAUGAUGGGUGACGACUGGCAACUGCAAGAUCCCGACAUCAAAAUGAAUGCCAAAGAAAGCAAGCCAUUAUCCGUCAGUCUUGGUCAUUCAUUCGUCUUGGAAGAAAUGCAAGUCGAUGAUCAACAAGCACAACAUUGGACGCUGUAUGCCCAAGAUACCGUUGUGCCUAAUCGCAAGAUCGGGCCCCAACUUCAUCAGUUACAACCCAGCCCACCUGAUAGGAUUGUUAAUCGCUACCCAGUGUACUUGGCUUACCAAACAGCAAACAACGUCACAAUACUUAUUUCCUUUGCUGAUAACGGCAAGGUGCUGGGAAACGUCCACACUUUCCCCAACGAACAGCUGAUGACACACAGCAGCUUGUACGACAGAGUGACGACAUUGGCGAGUAAAGAUGGAUCACAUCCGGAAAAAAUGCAGUUGUUGACGCGAUCCUUGCGUUCCAUCGACAACAGCUUUGCCCAGAAAACGAAUGCCGUUAAACGAAUGAAAACGAGCAACAUCGACGCCAGUUUACACCGUUAUACCGGUUACGAGUGGAACAACAAUGUCGAAGGUAACGUGACUCUUACCAUCAUCCCUGGAAACGAUAGAAAAUUGGCCGGAUGGAUAAGACAAAUGUGGACGUACGACGGCAAACCUUCCGGUGGAUGGACUCGAACCGCAUCAGAAAUGUUUGACGCUCGCGGCCACUCGGUACCAAAAACACACGAAACUGAGGAGAAUAAUGACAACCCACGCACGAGCAACAGCAUCUUGUGGGAUACCAACAGGCAAAGAAUCAUUAGCGAUUUCUCACCUUUCAAUUUAGGUGAUCAGAUGGUUUCGUAUUACGGAUUUGAACGGUACGAAGUCAACAACUCGAGUUCGCCCAUCCGCUGGCGAUUUGCUGAAUCCGACGGUAGAGGAGGGUUCUCUCUGACCGGUAACCGCCACUUGCGACUAAAAGCCGAUAACAAACAAUCAACAUUAGAAGGUACUUUUAUUCCGACUAAACAGAACAUUGAUUACGUGGCUUCUUGCUGGAUCCGACCACUUGAUGGUAUUCGCUCCUUGGCCAGCACGAUUGAAACUAAUCAAUCAACAAGUUACUUUAAGGCCAUUGUCAAUGCCAAUGGAACCGAAAUGGUAGGCUUGUUGGCCCGGGUUUUGCGCAAAUCAGGUGACUGGAUCUACUUGGAAGUGCUGAUCAACUUUGACAAGAUUAAGCAACUUUACGACGAGCAUUUGGAGACGCUAAAAGAAGGCGCGAAACAGAGUCCGACAAUACCUCAAUUUUCCAUCACGCUGAAAGCUGAAGCCCAGCUGCAAGACGGGCGGACAGCUGUUCUGGAUGUGGACCACAUUCGAUUCACCCCAAUGUCACACAACUUCAAGGCGAUCGUCUACGAUGCGGACAACGGACAACCUGUCUCAACAAUAAGCUCCAUUGGUUCCAUUAGCCGAACUGUUUAUUACCACGGCCGGGAGAUGGCCGUGAUCGAUGACGUCACUGCAAUCGACGGACGGCACAAAUUAGAGCAAGUUGCAACUUCCAGUGUCACCGGCCAUUUGUUGCCAACACCGAGAGGGCUGCCUUCCCACAUUGCCAAACAGCCACCAUGUCGCAUUGUUUUCCAUCCGGAUAACGGCGGAUUGUAUGAAACUUUCGACGCUUUCGCAUGGCGCAAUCGCUGGACUAUUCCAGCAUCCGAAUCACGAAACGCAGCAUGGACCGUCGCUCCCGGCCGGUUGUUGCACAACCAUCAGCAAUCUCAUCAACUCGUCAGUGCGGAUCCUUCGGCCCUGUUUGGAACAGAAUCAUCUUCAGCAGCCAUUCGCUGCUAUUAUUCGUUGGUGUCUUCCAACGCAUCCGUAACUUGGAAAUUGCCUGCGGGACACGUCCAAUUGUCGCGAAAAUCGAGCGAAACGUUUAGCACAUUGACUCUCACUACAAGGCAUAAACAAAAUUUGUACGCUGCUACCAACAUACCCAACAAUGGCGAAUUGAUUGUGUUGAUGGAAGGCAGGCGAUUGUUCAUUUGGAUCGACAGCGUCCUGCUCAUGGACGACGUCAUUUCAGUCAAAAGCGCAUUAACGUCGUUGAUUUUCGAGGCUAGAGGCAACAGUUUCAUCGAAGAUUGCAUCUUCAUGGGAAAUCCACGAACAGAAAUGGAAUAUCUAAACGAAUGGGGAGAAAGGAUGCAGACAAUCAAGUUGGAAUCAGAUACAUCCGUUCUGGUUUCUCAUACCCUUUACGACGCGUUGGGUCGGCCAGCAAUCACCACCAAAGUGACGAGAAUCACGUCGGAUGAUCAACAUCCAUUGCUGACGUACCACAAAGAUUUCAUCCGUGGGCCGAUCGAUCCAUCCGAUCCGCUCUCAGUUUGGCAGACCCAUCGACUCCGUGGCGAAGUGGAUCGUUUGAAUGCCCCAGACAGAGGAGUUGCUUACUUUCGCGUAGAAUACGACGUCAAUCCGCUGAACGAGAAGAUCAUCGAAGGACUACCCGGCCCGGAAUUCACCGUCAACGGUCCAUUCGCUAAGAAAUCGCGGACGUGGUACAGCGCCAAAGACAACGAAAUCGACGUCGUAGAAAACCAUUUCCCAACGCGUAGAGGAUUCCGACACAAGGUCGAAGAAUUGGCAAACGGGACAAGAAAAGUGGCCGUCCUGGAUGAAAACGACAACAGAGUGGCAUUAUACAUUUACGUUCCAGGCUAUGAUCACUUGUUGAGUACUUACGAAUACGAUUCCAAGAAACGGCUCAUCAAAAUCCUUCCGCCCCUUUACCACUUCCAGGCCGAAACGUUAAUGAAAGCCAGUCCGUUGUUGCCGGCAACACGGCCGAACACGGACGAGAUCCGUUGGCAGAAAAAAUUCGGUACUUUCAUGAGCUACGACGACCAAACUGAUCGACUCACUAGCAAAACGACUCCUGAUGCUGGAACGUUCCAUUAUUAUUACAAUAGUGCCGGACAAGUUCGUCUGGAAGUCCAUUCGGAGGAAACGGACACGAUCGACAGCGUCGUUUUUUACGAGUACGACGUCGACGAUGGAACUGUUACUCGCACCGGAUAUCUGGAACAGAUGCCCAUGUCACGAGAAAAAUUUCAAAAAUCAUUAGCAGAAGGAUCACUGACGAAUGCCAAAUCUUACCAGUUCAUUGACAGAACAGAGGUGGAACAACGCCAUUAUGAUCCGUCGCUGUCCAGGGGUGAACGCAACGCUACAUUCGUGACGCAAAACUCCAAUUACAACGUCGUGGAAGAAAUGCGAUGGGACGGCCAAGAUCAUCUGGUGGAAUUGAAACAAAUCAUGCCCGACAGGAUGUCCGACUUGCAAAUUCGCAAAACAUACGAUUCACACGCUAACCGAUUGCAAUCGAUCGAGUAUCCAACUGAAAAUGGCGAGCCUCUACGACUGCAAUAUCAUUACAAUAAACUUGGACAGCUGACUGAAUUGACGUUAGAGGGCCAAAAAGACGUUGUCGUUCGCUUCGGCUAUCACGGGAGUGGUCAGUUGGCCAGCGAGUCUUUUCAGCCAGGAAGCCGUAGCGAAUUCAACCGGACAUUUCAUUACAAUUCACCCGGCUAUCUGGAUCGCAUUUCCGAUCCUUACUUGACGGAAGUAAUAUCUUACACGGAAGACGGAUACGGGCAAAGCGGUUACGGCGACGGCAUUGUCAUGAAAACGAUGUUUAAUGCGACAUGGUCACCUAACGCUGAUUGGAGGUGGUUUCAGGUUGCAGAUGGCUCGAAAUUUGCGUUGGAAUCGAACACAUCCGCCAAGCUUUGCUUCAACGCCCUUAAACGUAACGGGUACAUGACCAAGACUGGCCGGCCACUCAAAGAUUACUACUACCCUUUCAGCGCCGACGGCCAGGGUAAGAACUGGAUGCCUUUAGUGUGCGGAGGACGAAACGGCCAACAGAUAGCCAAAGUCUUGGCCCAAAAGCGAAUGCCCCGAAUUUAUGGACACCGUUACGCUUACGGCCAUCACCAGGAACUCGUUAAAGCAAAAUAUUUCACGGACGAAACGGAAAGUAUGGCCAUACCGUUCCAGCCGGAUUCUCUGGCAACGCAAACUGCUCUGAAUAAACAACAGUCGAGGGACAUUUGGAAGAAACUGGAUGACGCUGGAUUCAUCCUCACUGACCAACGCAAUUCCGACUGGUUGGCGGCAAUUGCCAAUCCUGCAAACUCUUUGCUGCGUGAUUUGGAUUCCGGUCUUCGAGCGGUUGAGGACGACGUGACACUCUACAAAGAUCACAUCGAGAUAUUCAUCCUGUACAACAUUGGUCAACGAAAACAUAAAUUCAUUGAAUACAAAGAGUUUCAGAACAUGUUUUUUCAGUGGAAAGGUAUCGAAGAUGGAUUACCAUACCUUAACGUGGAGAGUUUACAGCGCGUGGUUGAAAAAGUCCACCAAUUGCUCAGCAAAACAAAAGACAACUCGGAUUGGUUGAAUCCAAAAUUGACGGACAUUUUUCGUCCAUCUCACUAUUCUCCAUUUCUAUCCGAUUUCAUCCGCAUCGUGGGUCAACGUUUCGCCAACGGUUUGGGCCAGCAUCCGUUCGACGUGGCUUCGUACGAAAUCGAUGCCAAUGGAAACCAUCGUAAAUUUUACACGGGUUUCCAUCGAUUCGAGUUUUCUUACGACGACAAACGGAUCAAUCAAAUUCGCUCCGUCAAAGUGGACAAUCCCGGUCAACUGAAAAACGAGAACGAAAUGCAAAUGAUUCACGACAGUAAGGGCAACGUGAUUCAAGCACUUCACAAGGGCAUCCAGCGAAUAGAAUAUAAUGUGGCAUCCAAGCGCACGACAGCCAUCCAUCUGACGGAUGGCCGAACAGUGCGCUUCGCCUAUGACGGACAUGGAGAAAGGACAUUGAAGCAAGUAUUGGCAAAAGACGGUCAAGUGAUGAUGGAAGUGCAGUACUUACGCGACGAAGACGGACGAGUUUUGUACGAUCGGCGCAUAAGGCGUACACCAAUGAUGGCGUCGGUUCCAGAACUUGAAGAUGCCAAAUCCAUGGCAGUGACCACGUCGUACAUUUAUGGUCCUCGCGGACUCGUCGGUUUCUUCCGCAACGGCAUCUUCCACAGCGUAUGGUCCGACCACACCGGUUCAGUUCGACUUGUCCUAAGAGAUGGCCAUGUUGUCUCCGCUUACGAUUAUCUUCCUUACGGACAACUGAUGCGCGUCUACGGAAACGAUCCAGCUGCUGCAAUAUCCUAUCGCUACACUGGCCAAGAAUGGGACGAAGAGACAGGUCUUUACAAUUACCACGCACGAUUCUACGACCCGGACAUUGGCCGUUUCUAUCAACCGGAUCCACGCUCACAAUAUUUUAGCCCGUACAAGUAUGUGGGUAACUCGCCAAUAUCGCUAGUCGAUCCCGACGGAGAAAUUGGCCUCCUUCUGGCAUGCCUCAUCGGAUUCGGCGCGAUAGGCGGAGUUUAUCUAGGCGGGGCGAACGCCAAUGACAACUGGAACCUGGCCAAAUGGAAUUACAAGAGCCACGCGACUUGGUUGGGCAUCAUAGGUGGUGGAUUAGCUGGUGCCUUCGCACCCCUUACGGCGGUACCCACUGUUGCAGCCAUAGGACUUCCGGCAACCAUUGCAGCUGCUACCGCAUUGGCUUACAUCUCGGCAGCUGCGUCUAAUAACAAAUGGAAUCCAUUCGAGUGGAACAUUACCAGUCCGGGUACCUACAACGGGCUUUUCCAGGGAGCCAGUUCUGCUUUAGGCAUCGUUUCAGGAGCCAGCAUAGCUCAUCAAUACGCCAGCAAGUUUGGAACGUUAGCCAGAAUGUCCAUCCUGACUGCAACAUACGGCACCGCUGCAGGUCUGGCUUACGGCCACGGCGUAUCGGCCAAUAAAGGCCAAAUGAAUCCCUUCAAGUGGAACUUUACUAAUCCGGGCACUUGGAACGCAAUGAUCGACGGUAUAGACGUUGGAAUUGGCUUACCCACCGAUUUGACUCAAAUGAGCCGCGGCAUUUUUAAACUGGCUAAAAACAGUCCGAAACAAUUAGCUGCCAUUCUGCCCAAAUUAAAUGAUUUAAAACUGAAGCAACUAACACCUUUGUUGGCGAAGGUGGCAACAGGUCCUUUAGGCAAAGGCGCCGCUGGGGCACUGACCGCAUACGUCAUGACCAGUUUGACGAACGGCAAUUUCGAUCCCAGCGGAUGGGACGGCUCAUCGUUGUCCACUUACGAAGCAUUCCUCAACGGCCUUACUAUGGGGGUGAGCGCUCGCAACAUGUUGAAAUCGGGAAAAAAACGCGCUGGCAACCAUCUGGAAACAAAAAGCAACCAAAGAAUUCAACCAGCAAUAGAAAAAACACACUUAGCCAUUAAAAAGGCAUUUGAUGGCGUUAACCCAAGACACAUUCAGAAAUGGAUCACUACUCAACUUCUGGAUGCAAAGCUAUUAGCUAAAUUGCUGCAUGUUAGCGACAAAUUGGGUUUCCAAUUUUCGGCUAAACCUUCGGCUGGUACAACAAUGCCGAAGCUGAUUGAAAUUCAAUCGAUUUCAAAUCGAUUAGCAGCAAUCGAGGCACCUCCAAUCCGAAAGAGAAAAAGGCAAAACGAAAUUGAUACCGACAGGGAGAUCGGGUCAAUGGGUUGUGGGCCGAAACGGGCCCGACGCUUUAAACGAGGCGUCGGCAUAUCAACGUCAUGCAGUAUACGCCUUCCUGAUACUGAAAUGCAGGCGAAAUUAAACGAAGAUCCCGUUGGUGUCCUCAAAGACACGGCAAUCAGCACGCAAUUGAUUGCGGACCCGACAUUUUCAAGCGAACGUAUUUCGCUCGUGAAUGGAGAAAAGUUCAAGUUCCAGCUGGUAGAAGCCUUGGAUGGCCCAGGGUACCACUUGAAAGUUGGAUCGCCGUCAUUAAACGAUGCGAUGGCCGUUCAAGGCUAUUGGUUGACGACGAGGGAAAAAAUCCACAUCAACCCUCUGGGUGAAACACGAUUCAUUUUCACUCCGGAAUUACAGGGCUGCUCCAUCUACGUCAAAUACGAUUACAACAACAAAGGAAUAAACGGGCGACACGAGCCCCAAAUGACAGUCUACCAUCACUACAGGAAACAUCCAAACGUCAUUUACCUAAAAGAUGGUGUUUUUGUUUCAGAACAUGGAACCACGAUCCCUGAACUGAAAGGCGCACAACAGUUGUUUGACGUUAAUGGAAAUGUUUUAAAGUUUGAAAAGGGUGAAAUCACACCGAAAGAAAAUAUUUACCGUAAGGAUGAUAGCGGCAAUCUUAAAUUAGUUAUGGAGAAAAUGGUCGAAGAAAACUGCAAACUUUUGAAUAUAGAGGACGAUCUGGCGGUAGAAUACGACGUCGCAAUACGUUACGAGGAUUACCUGGGAUUGCCAAGCAAUUACGGAUCAGAUAUGCAAGUGAAAGGUAUGGGCGUUACGGCCUCCACACCGCUUCUAUUCAGAGAUGCUAAAGACAACCAGUGGUACUUUGCCUCGCAAAAGAUCUGGUACCAAGAAUGGAACCCCGGUCCAAAACCCAAUUACGAAAAUUUCAAAAUCUAUCCAGAAUUAUACGACGUAAAUUACGCCGAAUUCCGUAAUCUAGCAGGUGAUAAGCUUAACUUUGGUGAAUACUUUUCCCAACUGAGAGACAACCUGAAAACAAACGGAGUUGUCAUCAAGCCGUUAAAAUCCAUACCGCGAUCUCAAUCCGAAGCCGAUCUACUUGCGCAGAGGACGUUUCCUACCCGAAAAGAUUUCAAAGACCACGUGCAAUCUCUAAAGGCAGACGUCGUUGGCAACGCAAAACCAGCACCAAGUAGAUGGCAGGAUCAGAUUGAGAUGCGAGUGGAUUUCCGCGACAUAAAUAUCGGCGGUAAAGGACGCUCCCGUCGCUCACCCUUGAUGGAAAACAGAAAUACAAGUUACCCAUUCAAAUGUCAACGGGGACUAGAUAACGCUUACGAAACCCUAUCAUCUUUUGAUCCGGCGAAAUAUGGAACAUCCAGCGGAUCUCGUCCUCGCAGUUGGAUCAACUUAUUGUCACCUUUAACUGGGCGCCAAAUCAUCAAAUCCAUCGUUUCCAUCAUUCCCAUCGAUUCCAUUAUGGAAUUCACUGCAGUUCCGGAAACACCCAAUCUGGCUGGAGAAUUACAUUAUCAACACGCGAUUGAUUUACCAUUAAAAUCAGACUCGGCUAAAAUCGAUUAUCGUGAUGUAACAAUCGGCAAUUGCUUUACCUUUUCUGAGGAUGCAUCAGUCGUUUGUUACGGUUACACCGGGAAAACGCUGUUGUUUGCCCAGCCAGCCGAUAGUCCUCUCCCGCUGGAACACACUGAAGACACGUUCGGUCAAUGCCGACCAAUUGAAUGGUAUGGUAAAGCAUCUGUGACGUGUCGCGGUGAGAAAACUACCUUCAUCCACACUCCAUAUGAAAAGACUUUGGCAGCUGUCAACCUCUUGAACGCUGUUGAUGGUUGGCUACUUUUGUCUUACGUAGUUCCAGGAUGUUAUCGGGAGGUCAACAAACUUAUUUCCCACGUCAAAAAUGUUUGGACUGGAUCAGCAAAGGUCAGCAUUCCUAUCCACAACGAAUGUAAGGAAUUGUGGCAGAAACAGAUGCAACAAGUGGAACAACUACUAACCAAAUGUGAUUAUCAUCACGUGAAAUGGGCGCUGCCCUUGGUUGAAGAAACUCGCCUUCAAAUCCAAACACUGACGAAUACAAGUAAAGCCAAGACGAUGGACGAUGUGAGAGCAGCAAGGACUAUGACUGAGAGGCUGACGGCACUCAUCGAGGACAUCGGUGAGGUGAUUGAAUGUGCAGAGGACGAUGACGUGUUUUACGACUGUGUUGAAGAGUGUCCAGGUGCUGAAGAGCCUAUGUUUAACGAAAGUAAUAACAGCCCGGAAUCAAUUUCGGCUAGAUUACAUCACCUUACUCAACGUUUAAAAAUUUCAGCUUAAAAACCAUAUGUGGCAAAAUAUAGUUCAUGGCUAGGAGGGAGGGUUAGACAGCUUAAAAACAUUAUACACGGUGAAUUUAAGAAACAUUUAAUAUGCAGCACCAACUUUAGAACGAUUCACUGGUACUUUUUAUCCUAGUGCACCCAAAGUAGUAGUUAGUGGCGCAAUAAUAAACUUUUAAAUGAAACCUUA